UGCGAAAAAGUAAAGAAGUAGAAGAGCCCAAAUAGCUGAAGCACGUGAGAUCACGUGAGAAGGCUCGCUAACUCGCCCUAAAAAUCGGCCAGGCGAGUAAACGCAAAUUCAUCGCCGUGUUGUUUAAUUUCCUCGGAUUGCUCUCGCCGGUUUUCCUCCGACCACCGUCAACAACCGCAAUAACCACCAGGUCUAUCGGAAACAAUAUCUCUAUCUCUACAAGGUAGGGGGGAAACAACUCUUUCUUGGUUAGUCUAUAGCUAUGGUUAGAGGAAGAGAUGCCUGUUGGGAACAUUGUGUCCUUGUUGAUGCUACUAAACAGAAGGUAAGAUGUAAUUACUGUCGGCGGGAGUUCAGCGGAGGGGUUUACCGAAUGAAGUUCCAUUUGGCUCAAAUAAAAAACAAAGACAUAGUACCAUGUGGUCACGUCCCGAACGAGGUAAGGGACCACAUAAAAAAUAUUUUGAACAAUCCAAAGAAACAAAAAAAUCCUAAGAAAGCAAAACUGGAUCAGGCUGCCAAUGGUCAGGAAAGUAGUAGCUCUUCAGCUAGCGGUGGAAUCCAUCCUCCUCAUGAUGGAUUUAGUGGACAGAAUGGUAGUCCGUGUCCUCCGUCCAUUAUGUUAGCACGCCGUUCUUCUAGUUCACAGCCAGCAGUUGACGAUGUUCAAAAGCAGAAACAGGACAAUGCUGAUAAGAAAAUUGCUGAGUUUUUCUACCACAAUGCAAUUCCUUUUUCAGUCACGAAGUCCUUUUACUAUCAAGAAAUGGUAGAUGCUAUUCUCGAGUGUAAAGCGGGGUAUAAAGCUCCAUGUACUGAAGAAUUGGGCACUAAACUUUUGGAGAAAGUCAAAGUCGAUAUUGACGAUGGUUACAAGAGAUUAAGGGAUGAAUGGAAGGAAACAGGCUGCACAAUCUUAUGUGAUUGUUGGUCUGAUGGAAGGGCCAAAUGCCUAGUGGUAUUUUCUGUAACAUGUUCUAAAGGGACAAUGUUCCUUAGGUCUGUAGAUGUAUCUGAUCACGCAGAUGAUCCUCAUUAUCUAUUCGGGUUGCUUGAAUCAGUUGUUCUGGAAAUUGGUGUUGAAAAUGUUGUCCAAGUAAUGACAGAUAGUUCUGCUAGUUACAUAUAUGCUGGAAGGCUUGUCAUGAAGAAGUACCCUUCGGUUUUCUGGUCUCCGUGUGCUUCACAUUGUAUCAAUAAAAUGUUAGAGGAUUUCAGCGAGCAUGACUGGGUGAACGUUGUCCUUAAAGAGGCAAAUAUGAUCACAAAAUACAUAUACAGUAAUGACUGGAUGCUAGAUAUGAUGAGAAAAUUUUCAGGUGAAGGGGAGUUUGUCCUCGUUCGACCAAGAUUUACAAACUUCGUAGCAAUUUUUCUCUCUUUACGGGCCCUUGUAAUUCAAGAGGAUAAUUUGAAACACAUGUUCUCUCAUGCUGAGUGGUUGUCAUCCAUAUAUAGUAGGCACCCUGAAGUCCAAGCCAUAAAGUCAUUGUUGUGCCUUGAAAGAUUUUGGAGAUCCGCACGUGAAGCUGUUACGGUUUCUGAACCUCUACUUAAACUGUUGAGGAUUGUCGAUGGAGACAUGCCUGCUAUGGCCUAUAUGUACGAUGGAGUGGAAAGAGCAAAGCUCUCCAUUAAAGCAUUUUAUAAGGACGUAGAUGAAAAGUUUGUGCCGAUUUGGGAUAUAAUUGACAGGAGAUGGAGCAUGCUUCUUCAAUCCCCAUUACAUGCAGCAGCAGCAUUCCUUAAUCCCUCCAUUUUCUACAACUCGAGCUUUAAGAUUGAUGCAAGGAUCAGGAAUGGCUUUCAAGAAGCCAUGACGAAAAUGGCUUCUGAGGAUAAAGAUAAAGUAGAAAUUACUAAAGAGCAUCCAAUGUACAUAAAUGCGCAAGGUGCUUUAGGGACUGAAUUUGCAAUAAAGGGAAGGACACUGAAUGCCCCAGCUGAUUGGUGGACGGGUUAUGGCUACGAAAUUCCAACUUUACAGAGAGCUGCUAUACGGAUUUUGAGUCAACCUUGUAGUCUUCACUGGUGUAGAUGGGACUGGAGCACUUUUGAUGGUGUUCAUGAAAAAAGACGGGAAAGGUUAGAGCUUGAUAGAUUCAAUGAUCUUGUUUAUGUGCACUGCAAUCUCUGGUUACGGGCACUUAUAAGAAAUAAAUAUGGCAAAUGGAAGCCAAUCAACUUCGACGAAAUAGAUGUUGGUGCUGAAUGGCCUACUGAAGCUGAAGUUGCGCCAUGCACUUACUUGGAUGAUUCAUGGUUGCAACUUGCACACUUCACCCCUUGAAGGUUGGUUAGACAUUUUCUGAGGAAUUAGAACUCAUUGAGGGGAGGUCGGCUCGGGAAGGGGAAAGUGGGAACUGAUCACGUUGCUCAACUUGUUGGGGUUGAAUAUAGAUGGAAAAGCUAUAGAUCGUAGUAGUACACCAACCUCUUUGUUGUUUCUUCCUCGUUGUGUGACGUUAGCAUACAAGGUAUUGCAAUCCCUUACCUGAUGAAUGAACAAAGACAAAUCAUGAGUGUUGUGCAACACCUCAACCACUCGAAUCGCCAUCAUCAAUUAGUUCUUUAAUGGGUGUAAAAUGGUGAGAGCUUCAGCGUGCCAAAGCAGAGACGAAAAGAAUCUAAUGAGCCAUCAGAGAAAAGUAUAAAAGGGAUACAAAAGUCGGAUCCAAAGGUAUGGCCUAAUGGUAAAUAAAGUGGGUGAAAAGUAUACGGUUUCUUCUCGUUUAUCCAAGUCUUGGUGGUUAUAGUUAUUUGCUUGUCCUCUGGGUCUAUAGCUUUUUAAACUUCUUUAUAUCAGUUUUUCCUAUUAAAACAACAUAUUGCAGCAAAGUAGACAUUUAUCUAGAGUUAUUAUAUAUAUAAUAUAAUGUAAUGCUGAAUUGUCAUAUUUUUUUUAAUUCAUUUUCAAGAAAAAGUUAAAAGGAUGUAAAGACAUAAUUGCAAAAUUGAA